AAUGCAAAGAAAUGAACAAUUCUCCAGCUGGAUCUCAAAGGUAUGUGCUGCCGCAAUAUCCUUCUUUUGAAGUGUAAUAACAGGGUUUGAACAAAGCCGAGUGUAUACAUGAAACACGGGGGCCGUUGUUGAAUAAUUAUCGCUACGGAUUGGUCGCAUUAAGCGCUAAUUGCUUGCCAGGCAUAGGUAACGUCUGAUGAUGCCGUUUGCUUGAAAGAAUAACUCCGAAUAGCUUCGUUUGCGCGCACGUCUGUCAUUUUGUGACCAAAAUUGCAACGCAGUAUAUAAAUGAUCGCUGCCGACGCUGCGACUCACAUGCAGUGACUUUUAACAUGCUAACCUGAUUAACGAUAUCUCAACUCGCGGAUGGUUCAAAUGUCUUGUAGGCAUUGCAAUUUGUUGACACAAUUCAUCAGUCAGAUUAAUAGCGCUGGUGAGUUCCGUAUCUGUUUUCGAAAAUAACAGUUCGGCGCCGUGGUAAAAAUAUUGCGGGAUUUAGGACUUGGCUCUGGUUGAAAGACUUGUGUUGACAUAGCAUUCAAUCGAUUUGUUUUUGCCGGAAGUCCGACUUUGGGUAACCGUUUAUUCUGCAAUUGAAUAAGGUAAGUGGGUAACUAUUAAGUGGUAACCACCAUUGAUGACGAGCAUUUUCUUGAUUAAAAACAUCAAUAUUCCUGGUCGUGUACUUAUCUCUAGAAAAUCACCCUUAGGACGCCGAUUCAGAGUGGAUUUAUACGUACUGAUUCUCUCAUUCACGUCUUAUUAUGCCUCGAUGCAAAUGACUGUUUACCAAUGACCCAAUGGGCGAACGAGUUAUUAAUAGUUAAACUGUUAAAGCCAACAAAAAUAUGGUUAACUGACUAAACUAACAAGUUACAUCGAAGGCGUGAUAUUUGGAUGUCAGCCGUGUACCAAAUCGAGUGGUAAGUUAGCUGCCAUAUUUUAUGAAGAACGCUUUAUUAGAUUCCAGGUCUACGAGCACGCAUGUGCACGCUUUGUAGCACUAAACGACAGCUAAUUCAUCACCCAGGGACUUGCCCUGAGACGCAGCUUCAUGUUUACAAGAUCUCUAUAAGAGUGCAAACUCGCAUGGACGUGAAAAUGAUGAGUAAAUUAGUGAAUAGAGCUGUGAUCAAUGCAUUUUCCCAACUAGAUCAUGUUUCAUGCUUGGCAACAUGGCGCGAAACAAAUACGUCGUAGUGUGUGUGAUGACAGACCAACAACGCAUAAUAUGCAACCAGCUGGGAUAGAGAAAGAUCACCGCAGCUGGGACAAAAACACUGCUCAGGUUUAAUAUAGAUUUGAUACUUACACUGUAGUUCCAUCCAUCACCUUUGUGAGUUAUAUCCAAACAUGACCUGGUCACAUGCCAAGUUUUUGUAUUUUUAAUUCGGCCCAAUGGUUGCGAUGUGUAAAGAAAAUGGCUGUAAAAGGCUUGCUUUGCUCGCAUAUACAUGCACAUAAUUUACUCAUUAACUUCACUCAGGUAGGAUUUCCGGAGUUCUCCCCUUGAUUACAUUACAGUCAGUGUCUGAUGUUGCACAAUGUAAAACAUGUCCUCGACUAUGUCGACUAUCUACGAAGUUGGAAUAUAUUUCAUACAAUUUUAUUACUAUACUAGGUCUUAAUAGAGAAAUCUAUAAUAAUAAGAUUACAAUUUCUCCCUAUAAGGCUAUCAGGACAAAAUUGCUUAUUUCUGUAGCCGUCAAUAUACACUACUGUAACAGUACGAUGUACUCUUUUUAUGUCUAUAGUUUAUCUACAGAUAUAUUGUAAAAAAUUUCGACAUUUACAUUUCCAACGUCUACAGUUUAUCUUAAUUCUCCAUCCAGAAGAUGAAAGGCCAUUGGCAUUGCGUCGUAUUUGUCCUCUCUGCUCUUUCCCCCACAGCACUACUGAGAGACUCUCUAUAGGUAUCACCUCGGCUAUCACUUGUCCGUUAUACAGUUUAUCCCUCGAUUUAGCCGCAGCAGAAGCUGGUAAAUAUGUAGCUAUUAUAAGCGAGUUGACUCCAUAUAGCCCAUUAUAUAUAGCCUAUAGGUAUAUCUGUCAGUCCAAACUGUAUUUAAUAGAAAAAUAAACCGCUGUAUCCCGCGUUUUGAUCAUAUAAUUAAUUAUACCUGAAACAAUAAUGAAAACGUUUACGUUUCCUUCAUUUCGAGUUUGUGCAUGAAGUGCUUGUACAGAUAGAUGGUGAAGUACGACAAAGAGCAGAUGUUCUAAUUAUGCUGUAACUCUUAUUGGGUAUACUACUUCAACUGAACCAUAAACACACACAGUGAAAAAAUGGAAACUCAACGAAUGGACAAAUAUAAGACUACUUAUAGACUACUUGCACUACACCAGCUAUAGAACUAGCUAUGACGUACAUAACCAAAACCACGGGACCCUGAUCAGCCGUACGAAUUUUAUAACUAUGUCACUCUCUCUGUGAUUAACUAAAUUUUGAACAUGUGUAUGUGGCCCAAAGGCAAAGGCAGUGCUAAAUAUCUUUUAACAAUGUUUUUGCCGAAAUUGACAAAUGAUCGGUUAAAUGCAUGCCAGACUAUUAGAUAAUUCAUUUGAAAAAGAUUAAGGAUUUGCCUGGGGUUAAAGUUGGCUUUUCAAGUCCAAACAUAUAACAACCGGAUACACUUAUUUUAUUUAUAUAUUCGGUACAUACUAUCACAGAUACCUUAUCGGUCUUGGCUGCUGCAGGCGAAAGCUAUUUCCAAGGACUUGUAAACAAAUAUAUAAAAAUAUACCUCUUAAUCAAAUUUUUAUCUAGUGUGCGUCUAAUAUGCGACAAGGGAGUCGUACCUCACGGUCUUCAUCCACUGACUAUAUAUAUAUAUAUAUAUAUACUGAUAAUUUAUACAUGUAUGUUUGAUCUAUAUAAUUAAUUUAAAAAUAUGCAUAUAUACCAUGCAUGAAUGUUCUUAUUCUGAAUGCAACAAGUUAGAAUGGCUCACUAUAGUCACUAUGCCUUUUAUAUAAUAUAUAUAGCCACGCAUACAAUUCAAUGAUAUACUAUAUAUUUAUGCAGAUUAUUUUUUGUUUUUACCCAUUAUUUUUUGUUUUUAAGGCAUGCAGACUAACUAAAGCUUACAAGUAUAUAAAUCGGGAAAUUGGGUUGUUUUGGGGAUAUUUACAAUCUAUAAAACAAACGAACAUCGAUCCCCACAGCUGCAUGGCCGUAAUGUAAGCGGACACGGUUGCAUGGUUGUAAAUUGUAAUGGGCUGACAAAUUAUAUGUAAAAGUUGGGGAGGGGGUGGGAUGGCAUGCAUAUCCCCUCAAAAAUUCAUGCAAAUAUUGGAGUGUAAAAAAGUUCAUGCAAGCAUUUAAGAAAGGAAAAAAUUCGUACAACUACAGGGAAUAUGACAAAAAUACACAGAAAAAAAUCCUGCACAGCUUCUACACCAUACGUUCGACUACGCAGUAAGCUCGGAACUUAACUGCAUAUAAUUUCUUGCGCAAGAAAAAUGUCCCCUCCCCCCUCCUGGGACAUCUAGUGAUCCACUCCUAAUGAUGAAGAGGUUACCCACAUGCAGCGUCUGACAACCUGCACAUAAACCUGGAAAACUGCAUGUGAAAUGCCGGAAAGCAUUAGCUCUCAUGCGACUUCAACGCUAGAAGGAGUGUUGCACCACCAUUGGCAUCAAGGCCAAGCUACCUAAAAGUGUCGCCAUCAGUCUUUCUUUGAAUCCUUGAUCCGCGGUAAAUUCAUAACACAGCCACUGACCAAAGGCAACGGAUGUGGAACAAAUGCACAUCCAUCGACUGUUGCAGGGGCGAAACUUGAGGGGGUAUGGGGGGGGGGUGAUACUUCCCCCCCCCCCCAAUACGUAUCAUCUAGAUUGGCAGGGCAAUCAAAGAUUUUAAAUGAUAGUUUCAGGGCUUUCAGAGUGAAUUGAAUAGAAUUUAUAGACCUAAAUUUUACAGAUAUUGGUCAAAAAAAUUGGUUUUAACAGGAAUUUGUACGGAAAAAAUUUUUUGACCGUAAAUUUAACUGGUUUAUGUCCAGAAAUAAAAAUUUGCUGCAGGGCAUCAUCGGUUUUGGCAGGGAAAUUCUGGCAGACACCCCCCCCCCAUCGAAAUAAAAGGGGCUAGUUUCGCCCCUGGACUGUCGUUAGUCGUGUAUGUGGGUACUGACUACUCAUGACUACUUCAUAUUAGGCUUAUAUACUCGCUGAAGAAAAUGCCGAUUUAUACUUGCAAAGGCAGUUUCGCGCAGAAUGUGGAAAUAACACACAAAAAACUGGAGAUACCUCUUGGUAUGAUAAUGACCCAAAGAGCAGCACAAGUCAAGGUAAAACCCAUAAUAAAAGGUCUGGGUAUAAAUGUUGUGACGAAAAUCCUAAAGAGUAAAGAGUACCAGCUGCAAUCUUUGAGUGUUUAUCGACCUUUAUAGUCAGUUUAAAUUCCAGCUAGAACUGUAUAUACAAGAAUACGCGUGUUAUACCUGCAUGGUGCUUACCUAUAGCUACCGUAGUGUUUUGAAAUUGUAUAGUUCAUUGUCAUGGGACUUCAGUAAAACUUUCAGAUUCCAAAGAAAAUUUUGUCAGUUUCUUUCAUCGAAGCAAUCAAUUUUACUGUUUAAGCCCACAAUUAGAAAUUUUUAAAAUAAACAUGCCAAGCUCACCAUAAUUGCCAGUUUUUCCAGAAACGGCUUCGUGACGAUGUAAAUUGCUUCAGGGUCUUGUGCUAAGUGGCCUUUGACAACUAUGCACCUGCAUUACUCAUUAGGGAUUGGUUUCCAUGGAAACCGAACGACUUUUGGAGCAAAUCGCUUUCGGGGACUCCAUCCUUCGCCAGCGAAGUAACCUAUAUGCACAAAUCAAACAAUGCCUGGGUUAAUUACACAUUCAGUUUACUCUGUCGGGCAAAGCACAUUUGCUAACUUCUCAUGCAAUUUUCAAUAAAACGUAUAUUAACCAAAUUUUAAUCACGUUGCUCUUGGGCAAUGUCCAUUAAUAGUAUUAGUCCCACAAAUUUUCGUAAAAUACUUUUGAUAGUUUUUAAGUUAUCAUGCUGACAGACAAACACAACACAAACACACACAUACAAACACGGAUGGAAACAUAACCUCUUGGCGGAGGUAAAAAACAUACCCUCCUGGCGGAGAUAAUUAGCCUUAUUAACAAAAUGGGCAAUGUACGUAGACAAGUUGACAACUGCUGUACGGUAUCCGAAUGCAGUUAAAAAAUUAAAUUCCUAUCAUUUUCCUGUAGGAUACGUCACAGAAUGUAGUCUAUAUGUUUAUCAAAAUUCGAAUCUAAACUUUAUUUUGGACUUAUUAUUGUAAUGACGCACAUUCGGUUUGAAUCCUUAAAAUUCAAUUUACACUUAAAAUUCAAUUCGGAUUUGCAUUUUCCCAUAUAUGUCAUCACGCUCGCACGGCAUUUGGAAGCUAUGGUAUAUUUUGGCAAACUACCGAAUAGAAUACUGUUGCUAAAUAAGUCAAAUAAAUAUGAAAAGAACUGGAGAAACAAUGUGCUGUUUCAUGAAGAAAACACACGAAAAAGGUUGUUAGGCUCCUAAUUAUAAGUUAUACAAAAAUACUAUUGACUAAUGAUUAAUGUAAAGCAACUGAAAGGUUUGUGACUAAAAGCCUGGGUCUGCAUGCAUGGAUGAAAUGAAGUGGACCAGUUGGUGUAAACGCCGUCACCCAAUAUUAUAUUUUUUCUCUCGCAACGAGCCAGAUCCAUGACUCGCAUGAGGACUAAUAAAUAUUUGAUACAGCUGGUAGUUAAACCUUUCGUCCUGGGUGAUCAGUACAUUAAUAAUACAGCCAUGACCAUUGUUCUUUUGUCCCUUUGGGAUAAUUAUGGCAACUAAACUGCAUCAAGAUAAACUCCAAAGUUUUCAAAAUUGAACAACUACAAUUAUUAUUGGGCCCAUGCAUGCCGUAUGAAAUUAGAUCCGCUGACGUACUAGAAACUUUUUCGUGGAAAACAUUCAAUGUCGUGACCUAAUCAAAUUUGUAUUCUGUACAAAAUCGUAAAGGAUUAUGCCGCCCAAGUUCGAGAUAAACCUUUCUUCUGAGAGGAUGUGUUCAACCUAGUGAUAUCUUCGAAAUAAUGCUACUGAUUUAGUACUCCAAAGUCUAAAAGAGAUUUCAUGAUCGAAGAAUAGUUUUACUGAUAUACAGUGAAGCCAUGCUAUAUGGAAUAAUCUUCCUGCUGAUGCUAAAUUGGCAGGAUCUAUUCACUCCUUUAUUAGAAGGAGUAGGCUAUAUGUUUAUUUUUUCAAGCCUGAUUUUCAAGAAAUUAAUAUACACAGUGUAUACAGUUAAUUUGUAAGUAAUUUUGUAUAUAUAUUAUGGACUUCUCACUCAAUAAAACUAAUUAUUGAAGGGUUUUGUAGAUGGAAAUUUACGAGUGUAAAUUUUACACAUUUUUAAGCCUAUUAAACUUAACCGGGAGCAGUUGCAAAAAUGCAACCAUAGGCCCUCUGGCAGAAUUCUGUAAUUUCUGUAGCUCAGUUGGUUAGAGUGCUGCACUGGAAUCGCACAUUCGAUUUCUGCCAUGUAGCCAUAGCAUUGUUCGCAACUGCUUCUGCAUGGUUAAGUCUAAUACUGACGUAUAAAAUUUACACUCGUAAAUUUCCAUCUAUAAAACCCUUCAUUUAUUUUGUAUAUAUAGUGCCUAUAACCGGUUUCCGCUUGUAGAAAUUUACUACCUACUUACCUACCUACCUACCUACCUAUACCUACCUACCUACCUACCUACCUACCUACCUAACUACCUACCUACCUACCUACCUACCUACCUACCAACCUACCUACCUACCUACCUACCUACCUACCUACCUACCUACCUACCUACCUACCUACCUACCUAGAGUUAAAUAUUUCAAUAAAUGUCAAUCAUCAUUCACCGAUUCUUUUGUUUAAUAUCAGGAGUACUAUGACGAAUUUAAACCGACGUGGUAGUUUGUCAGCCACAAGUAUUGAAACAACCAUGAGUUUCGAUAGUGUUUUUACUGACGAGGUAAGCUACACUUAUCCAUGCAGCUAUACAUAUAUCCAGCAGAGGACUAUGCAUGUCUUCGAGUGCCCUAUGCAUGGUGGAUUGUGUUUUAGAGAGCCAGUUAGUAUAAGGCUUGUUUCAUCCUUAAAAAUACUAAACGCUGUUUCAUCAAUGCAAUUCCUAUAUGGAAUGUGAGUAUGACCAAUGACGUUUUUGUUUCAUAAAGAAUGCGGCCAAAAGAACAUAUUAAUUGGGGACACGUAUAUAUAUGAAGCCUUGCUACAAGUCUGCUGCAUUCCUAACUACGAUAUUUUGAAUAUAAUCGUAGACUGGAGCACCCUAUUAUACUGUCAGUGAUGAUGAUGACUUGGUCAAUGGACUUAUACCUCGCAUCGCAACAUCGCUUUCUUCUCCAUUGUCUAAGAAACACAAUAGUUUGUCUACUCGGGUGAAGAGAGACCUCACCAGGACCAGAUCAUUACCUGGUAAAAAUGAG